AUGGCCAGUUUCAGCAGUAAGGAAACCAAUUUUAGGGUAAUCAGACUAAUGGACAACAAGGUUUUCAACCACAAGGGAACUGAUCAAGAGAAGGCAUCACAGAUGGAGUCCAGAGGCUUGAGGCCAUUGAUGGCAGUGGUAAUAUGGUGGUGGUGGCUGAUAAGCCCAGCUGUUUCAGAUCCACAAACAAACCUGCUCAACCAGGGAUGCAGCACAUACAACGUCACCAACCUAUCAGACUUCUACACCAACCUCAACGCCACGUUCUCUGACCUCGAAACGCAGUUGAACAAUAACAAGCUCUUCGACACAGCAGAGAGAACGAGGAGUGGAGACUCUGUGUACGCCAUGGUGCAGUGCAGAAACUACAUGUCCGCUGAGGACUGCUUGGCUUGCUUCGCCGAUGCUCAGUCGCUCAUCCGCAGAUGCGGUGCUGCCAACGGCGCUCGCGUCAUCUACGAUGGCUGCUUCCUCAGGUAUGAGAGCAGCAGCUUCUACGACCAAACCACUCUCGCUGGAAAUGCUCCAAUUUGUGGGAACGACACGGCAUCGCAGGUGACUGCUUUUCAAUCAGCAGUAGAAGGACUGAUAGCAGAUCUUGAAGUUGCAACACCCAGGAUUAAUCGUUUCUAUGCGGCAUAUAAAAUGGAAGUGGUUGGUGGUGGUGGUGCAACAGUGUAUGGGGUGGCACAAUGUGCUGAAACAGCCAGUCAGACUGCUUGCCAAGAAUGCUUGCAAGUGGCAAAGAGCAAUAUAAACAGUUGUCUUCCCAGUAAAAACGGCCGGGCUAUUGAUGCUGGAUGUUUCCUGAGGUACUCAGAUGUGGCCUUCUUUGCUGACAACCAGACAACUAAUAUCACACCCUUCUUACAAAAAGGAGGUUCAAACAAGAAGAAAGCGAUUAUUGGAGGAGUGGUUGGAGGUGUAGGUAUUGUUUUGAUUAUCGUAGUUUUGCUUUUAUGGUAUCGGACCUAUCGGUCAUCAAGAAAGGCAAAGCUGGCUUCUACAGGUGAUUUAUUAGGUGUGACAGAGUUGCAAGGCCCAGUGAAUUACAGCUACAAUGAUUUGAAAACUGCAACCAGGAUGUUCAGUGAAGAAAAUAAACUUGGAGAGGGAGGAUUUGGUGACGUCUAUAAGGGUCAUUUGAAGAAUGGGAAAAUUGUUGCUGUUAAGAAACUAUUUAUAGGUCAAACAGACGGGGCAAAGGCAAAUUUCGAGAGUGAAGUAAAGCUUAUAAGUAAUGUUCAUCAUCGCAAUCUCAUCCGUCUUCUUGGAUGUUGUAGCAAAAAAUCAGAAUUGCUUCUUGUGUACGAGUACAUGGCAAAUAGCAGCCUGGAUAAAUUCUUAUUUGGAGAAAAGCGAGGGGCUCUCAACUGGAAACAACGUUUGAAUAUAAUUGUUGGUAUAGCGAGGGGUCUUGCGUAUUUACAUGAGGAGUUCCAUGUGUGUAUCAUACACCGAGACAUAAAACCUAACAAUGUUCUUCUUGAUGACGAUUUCCAACCCAGAAUUGCAGAUUUUGGAUUGGCAAGGCUUCUACCUGAGGACCAGACUCAUGUUAGCACCAAAUUUGCUGGAACAUUGGGUUACACUGCACCUGAAUAUGCAAUCCAUGGACAGCUAUCUGCGAAGGCUGAUACCUACAGCUAUGGUGUUGUAGUCCUUGAAAUCAUAAGCGGCCAAAGGUGCAACGAGAUGAAGGUUGAACCUGUCACUGAAUUCUUGCUUGAACGGGCAUGGAAACUGUACGAGAAUGACAAUCACUUGGAGUUGGUGGAUGAGAGCUUAGACCCUGAGGAAUAUGAUGCAGAAGAAGUGAAGAAAAUCAUAGAGAUUGCUCUGUUGUGCACUCAAUCAUCAGCUUCCAUGAGGCCCACAAUGUCUGAAAUUGUUGUUAUGCUAUACAGCAAGGACGCACUUCAGCAUGGUCCCCCAACCAGGCCCACCUUCAUUUCUUCCAAUAACAGAGCUGGCGGAGAUACUUCCGCGUCCACUUGGGACUACGCUUCCAAUGCCACUGCCUCUUUUUCUGGGGUCUCAGGUCGUUAAUCUAACUUGUGCAUUCAUAAAAUCUGUGUGAUAUGGGUGAUGAUUCUACUAUGUUUCUUGUAUUAUUCUGGUUGUUUCCAUCAAAUGUGAUCAUGUGAGAGAUUGGCAAACAACGUUGCAGCUCAUUCAUAUCUCAUUUUCCUUUCAAAGACUUUAAUGCCAACCACAAAUUCAUCCA